AUGCCCGGACUCGAUUCCUUUCGUUAUUUCCUCGUCUUAUUCUCUCUUGUGCUUUUUCUGGUAUCCAAAUCUAGCGACGCUGAGAGGCCAUUCCACUGCGAGGGUGCUCAUCCAGCUGAUGGCCUUCUCUACCAGAAUCCGGACCUCUUUCAUGACUUCUAUGUCUUCAAAUGUGUCACCACAGUUCUAUUCACUUCUGGUGAUCGGGGCCGCACUACAGGAAACUUCUCAUAUAUGCUCGAACGAGGCUUAGAAGACGCAUACUCGUAUAUGGCAGGAACCGCUCCGGAUGAGACCGCUUGGGAUGAGACCCAUGUGCAAUUCAAUGGCAAGGUCAUCUUAUUCCGUUCGCUAAAGGAUGUGCCUCAGGUCCAGAUCCUCUAUCUCCGUCUUCCAAGUGGCACUGCGGAUGGCAGCGGUUACGCAGCAAACGACGGCGAAUCCUUGAAGAGACUUUACGAUGGUGAUAUCAAGUCUCUCACUGCUAUCGACGGAAGCUCAACGUAUACUCUCGAAUCCCUUCAGGAUCUUCUUGGUGCCAUAUUGAAGAAAAGAGCGGCAUGUGACAUUCGUGUGCUCGACUUCAAGACCCCGCUUCCUGGAAAGAAUAAUGAUGGUUCUGACCACGCCGAUCAUUCUGUUUCCGCAAAAGUGGUGGUGGAUGUGUGGAAGCGGGAGCAGCUUGGGGGCAAUCUACGAGGAUAUGCCGCCAAUUUUAUGCGUAGACUUAGCCCAACUCUCAAUGUUUCAACCAUGGACUACCGAGUCAAACUCAAUGUGUUCCUCCAAUAUGCCGCUCAGGAUAAAGAUAUGUGCAAGGACUACGACAACUGUUUUGAGGUGGAGAGGUCGGGUGGUCCCUAUCUUGACGAGGACUUCAAGUUCGUGCCAACCUGGAUGGAACGUGAAUACUAUGUCUCCUAAUAUCGAUAUCUGAUAGUGGCGAAGUUCAGAAGUCUCUGAGAUUUCGAAUGCUUAAGUGCCGGGGGAUUAUGUCUACUACAUGUAUUAUGCGUCACCAUCUUGUCAACUAGGAACGGAGAUGGAGAUGGAGAUGCCAGAAAACUAGAUUAUUGUCAUGCC